GCCUUUUCUCUCUGUCGGCCUGACGCCGAGGCCUUGCCGUCGCUGAAGAAACCUUUUUCCUUUUUUUUUUUUUUUGCAUGAGUAGAUGUGGCUUCACCGUAGUUGGAGGUAGCAAGGCUUUGCCGUUGACUCAUUUGUAGUGUACUCUCUGGUGGAGUCCAUUCCUGGAAUUUCACCAGUUCGAUGCCUGGUAGAUUUUCGCUGUUUUCCAAACUAGCCCUUCAAGUUACGUUUUCCCUGAUGGCCUGAUCUCUUUGGCUCAUCGAAUUCGGAUUCCUUCUUACCAAAUACUGAUCUGCUGCUCUCCCACCGUGGACUUCGCCCCUUCGUUGGGCAGUCUUGGUAUUGUUGGACUUGGGCAGUACGCGCUCCCAAAUCUCACUUGAAUUUUCCCCUUGGGCUGCCAAAUUGGCCGCUUUGGCGCUCUCUCCUCUUAUAACGAAGAACGUGCCAAAGGCACGGUCGUGAAAAUAAUCGGGGAAGCUGGAGAACAACCAGAUCCCGUGGCGUGGGGACUCGGCGUUGACCGACGGGAAGGAAGCGGGGCUGGAUCUUUCCAAGGGAAUGUAUGAUGCUGGGGAUCACAUGAAGUUCACCUUCCCGAUGGCAUUCACGGCGACGGUGCUCUCGUGGUCGGUGCUGGAGUACGGGGAUCAGAUGAGCGCGGCAAAGCAACUGGACCCUGCCCUCGAUGCACUGAAGUGGAUUACAGAUUUCCUUAUUGCUGCACAUCCUUCUGACAAUGUGCUGUAUAUCCAGGUCGGUGAUCCUGAUCUGGACCACAAUUGUUGGGAAAGGCCAGAAACAAUGACCGAGAAAAGACCUCUCACACAGAUCAACAAGAAGACUCCCGGAUCAGAUGUUGCUGCUGAGGCAGCAGCAGCCAUGGCAGCUGCUUCAAUGGUCUUCAAAUCCAGAGAUACCACGUAUUCUGAUGUGCUUCUUCAGCAUGCUCAGAAACUAUUCACUUUUGCUGACACUUAUAGAGGCCUCUCAAGCGAGAGCUAUCCCAAGCUCCAGGAUUUCUAUAACUCCACCAGUUACGUUGAUGAGCUUCUAUGGGCAGCGAGUUGGCUCUACCACGCCACAGGCGACCAGACGUAUCUCAGCUAUGUAACUGUACAGAACGGGAAAAGUUAUGCUGAUUGGGGAAGGCCAACAUGGUUCAGUUGGGAUGACAAAAAUCCAGGCACACAGGUGCUUUUGUCCAGACUAAAUUUCUUCGGGUCCAAACAGAUAUCUAAUGCCGAAAAUGAGGGGUUGAAAAUGUAUAGAGAUACUGCAGAAGCUGUCAUUUGUGGUCUGAUUCCAGAUUCGCCUCAAGCCACUGCCAGCAGAACUGGAGGAGGCUUGGUGUGGAUAAGCGGGUGGAAUUCUCUCCAGCAUGCCACCAACGCUGCGUUCCUAUCUGUUGUGUACAGCGACUACAUGCUCUCGACGCGGACAGCGGCAGUGCAGUGCAGCGGGAAGUACUACAGCCCUACCGAUAUACGCAACUUUGCUGCAUCACAGGCUAACUAUAUCCUGGGAGACAACCCGAUGAAGCUUAGCUACCUUGUGGGAUAUGGGAGCAGCUACCCAAAGCAAGUACACCACAGAGGGGCGUCGAUCCCCGCGGAUGCGAAAACAGGCUGCAAAGGGUUCGAGUAUCUCCACUCACCCAGCCCGAACCCAAACGUGGCUACGGGCGCCCUGGUGGGUGGGCCGUUCCAGAACGACACCUUCGUGGACUCCCGUGACAACGCCGUGCAGACGGAGUCCAGCACCUACAACAGUGGCACCCUGGUCGGUCUCCUCUCCGGCCUCGUCACCACUUCCUCCGUGGUACAGUCGUUCACCUAGAGGGCUCCUCCUAUGUUCUGGCCUGGAGCGAUGCGUGUACGAGUACGAUUGCAGUUUUUUUGCUUGGCGUGGCUGAUGGUGAUGCGCGAUCUGUGACUGUGAGAGAGAAAGCUUGGUUGCCAACCGUUCAGUUCAGACGGAUGGCAUAUGCAGGAUGCAGCAGUAGUUUAGUAGUGCCCACGCGUUUCUUCUGUUGUGUGUGUACAAUGACGGUGCUGCUCCUGCAGUGCAGCUAUAGUUUUUCACCGCGUGCUCCUAUCUGGUUUGCUGGUGUGCCUGUAAGGCUGUAGCUACGAGUAAUGUAUUAGACUAUUUGUAGGUCGUAUUUCAUUUGUUCAUUCUGUGGUGAGGUAGUUCAGCAGAGCUUUGUACUGUACCGAUGAAUUGCACCGUCUCCCAACUGAAAUGUGCCUUGUGGAUUCA